CAAUUCAAAUGUCCCCAAACAAAGAUUCCGAUUUUCCCUCUGAUUCUCCCUUCAUUCUCUCCUCUCUUUCCUCUUUUUAACAUUCAGAGUCUUCAUCCAAACACUGAAAAAGGUUUCACAUUGUAUCACAGCUGCCUCAACUCGAACUCCAAGUCUGUCAAUGCCAUUUUCCCCCAAUGGCGGCGGCGACUUUCAGAGGCUACUCCGCGCAAUUUGAUUUCCAGCUCAGACUUCUCCAUUAUAAUACUCAUAAUGUAUUGCAGCACAGAAAGCUGUGGUUCCGCCCUGAUCGACUUCCUCUCUCUCAAAUUUGCUGCUGUUGUCCCGAUUCAUUGGUCCCGAUUCGCAGAAUCUCUCGGCCUGGCAACACCGGUGAGAGGACUGAAGAAUGGCGGUUCGAUACUACCAAAAUCCCCCACAGAGUUCGUAUUCAACCGUCUCCUGCAAUGCCCUUUGCUUCACCACUUGGCCACAGAUCAUCUACGAAGCAAGAAAAAUUCUACCCUCGCUGUAACCCGAGAAAUUCAGGUCCACAGUCACGUGAUACUCCUCCCAAAAGAGACACUGGUAUAGCAAACGAGAAGGACUGGGGUAUCAGCUUGUUGAACGAAAACAUAAAUGAGUCUGGCAUUAAUGAAGAUGGGAGCACCUGGUUUAGAGAAAGUGGGGAAGAAUUGGGUGAAAAUGGAUAUAGAUGUAGAUGGACAAGGAUGGGAGGUCAAUCUUUUGAUGGUUCCUCAGAAUGGAAGGAAACGUGGUGGGAGAAGAGUGACUGGACGGGAUAUAAGGAGUUAGGUGUGGAGAAAUCUGGUAAAAAUGCUGAGGGGGAUUCAUGGUGGGAAACAUGGCAAGAAAAUUUAAAUCAAGAUGAAUGGAGCAACAUAGCAAGAAUAGAAAGGAGUGCACAAAAACAAGCAAAAUCAGGAACUGAAAAUGCUGGAUGGUAUGAGAAAUGGUGGGAGAAAUAUGAUGCUAAAGGCUGGACUGAGAAAGGUGCACACAAGUAUGGUAGACUGAAUGACCAAUCAUGGUGGGAAAAGUGGGGAGAAAACUAUGAUGGAAGAGGAUCUGUUCUCAAAUGGACUGAUAAAUGGGCUGAAACUGAGCUUGGGACAAAAUGGGGAGACAAGUGGGAGGAGAGGUUCUUUAGAGGCUUGGGUACACGGCAUGGGGAAACAUGGCAUGUAUCUCCCAAUAAUGAACGUUGGUCAAGAACUUGGGGAGAAGAGCACUUUGGAAACGGGAAAGUCCAUAAAUAUGGAAACAGUACAACCGGUGAAAGCUGGGAUAUUGUUGUGGACGAGGAAACAUAUUAUGAGGCUGAACCUCAUUAUGGUUGGGCGGAUGUGGUGGGGGAUUCAACUCAGUUACUUUCCAUCGAGCCUCGAGAAAGGCCGCCCGGUGUCUUUCCUGAUUUAGACUUUGGUUCAACCACGCCCCCUCGAUCUGAUGUCCCACCAGAAGAUUUGCCUCCUACACAAUAAGGAGCAGAUUUUUGUCCUCCAUAUUUUAUUUUUUAUAAUUAUCAUUUUCUUUAGGAUGGUAGAAAAGUCCCCAACUGAUGCUUGAUUUGUAAAAUAAUUUUAUGCACCAAUCAUUUAUUCAUUCUUUCCAUCGUUAUUUAUUUUUGGGUGAAAGUUAUUUA